AAUGAAAAUCAUUGCUAUAUAACUAUAUAAAACAUAAAUUCAGUAGCAUCUUUCCUCAAGGUCAAUAAGGACAAUUGUGUGUCAGUGACCUUUGGAAAUGGCAUAUAUUGCACAGACUGUCAUUUAGUGUAGAACAGCAAUCAGUUGUCAAAAACUGACCCUGAUGAAGUGCUUCAUGUUUUUCUUCACAAUCUCCAACCAGUCUUUGAUGUUUUGAGGUGAGUAUCACAGUAAAAUGAACAUACAGAAUAAUUAAUUUCAUCUGUGUUUGAGAGAUAAACUUUUUUCACUUCAAAUCUAUCAUUAUGCAGAUGUAGAUGGCCUCCUCCUCCUCCUCCUCCUCCUCCGCUUCCUUCACUCCCAGGCCUGGCACAACAAGUACACAACACUCCUCGUUUCGAAGGCAAUGCCAUUUCAUUUCCCCUGUCCUUCACACUUUUCUUCUGUGCACCUCCCUUCAGUUGUUUUUGGUGUCAGAGUGAGUCUCCAGUCACAGCAUGGCUGCAAAAACUGUUUAGACACUUAACACUUGUUGAACAAUUGUUUUUGCAUUGGAGUUAAAAAAAAAAAAAAAAAAAAAAAUCAAAUCAAAUCAGACAGCAUUUGCUUACUAUCACUUUUCAAGAAAAAAAAGUACAAAAAUUUGUUGGUUUAAUAUAGUAAAGAUAUAUAAUAGAUGUAUAAUAAAUUUACUGUUAGCAUUUAUAAAUGUAUUACACUAUUAAAUACAAUGCAUAUCGCAUGCAAAGAAAUUCAUAUAUUUUUUACAUGUUAUUUAAGUGUCCAAAUACUUUCCCUAAGCCACUGUAUAAUCAACACUGAAGUCCAAACUCAUUCAAUGGAAAACAUUUACCCAUCCAACUUUCCUUUCUAAUCCAUUCCACCAUUUCAGCCAAUGCCAAUUAACUAACCUCUGCCAAAGUAAAUCAUUUUCUAUUUGAUGUCGGUUGUCCUCUUGGAAAGCUAUUUUGGAUGGUGAUGAGGCUGCACAAAUAUUUCUGCUAUGUCCCAUCUUGGUGCAAGUGACUCCCUUAUUGUGAUCUUGUUGUUCUCAGUAUGUCCACAGGAAGCCUUUAAGACAAUCACACACAUACUGCACACAAUGGACCGGGGAGCAUCUCUAAAGGACAUCGCUAUAGACAUAGAGAUAACUGAGGAGGAGGAGGAGGUGUCUUCACUCUUGGAUCAGCGUGAAAUUAAUCCAAAUGAUGCUCCUGAUGUUACAGAAGCACAAACAGAGGGACAGGAUUCAUUGGCUACUCACAGUAACACAAAGGCUCUCAUCAAGGACAGGGACCCAAAGGGAAUCAACAAGUAUCUUGAGGUGACCUUUGAGGAUGUGAUAGCAGAGCCUGCAUCAGUGAGCAGCUUUGAUAAGGUGUGGCUGUGGAGUCAUGCUCUGUUUGAGGUGUCCAGACUCUGGUUUUACCGUAUCAUUUCCCUGCUGCUCGCAGUGCCGGUGGCUUUGGUUGCAGGUGUUCUCUUUGCUGUCCUCAGCUGUCUACAUAUUUGGCUGAUAGUUCCCAGUGUGCAGCUAUUGGCCAUAAACCUGCACUGGAUAAAGAUGAUCUGGCAUAAUGUGCUGGACACUGCAAUCUCCCCCUUCUUCAGAAGCUUUGGGAAGUGCUGGGGAUUCAUCAGAAUUAGUUUGGAAAAAUAUUAACUACAUUACAGAACCAAAGGAUCAGCAAAGGAUUCCAGAAAAUCAUAUAAAUACAUAUACAUGAUUUACAUGUAUGUCUCUUCGGUUUCAUGUAAUGCUGGACAUGCAAAUGCAACUGACCUUUUUUUUCUUUCUUUUUUUUUUUUUUAAAUUGUAGAUGUUUUCAUAAUUUUUUUGAACCAGUAAGACAAAACUAAUUUUUUGGUAACAUUUUUCUUCAUGCAAUUUUUUUUUAAUGUUUCAUUUCAUUUUGUUUGUUUGUUUCGUUUUGUUUUGUUUAGAAUUGUACAUUGAGUUACCUGUAAAAAGAAGAAGGGGCUGGAAAUUAUGGAAGAAUAGAGAUAAAAAUAAUAAUAAUAAUAAUAAUAAUAAUACUGACAUUUUCAGUACUUGAUACUGAUUACUUGCCAUGUGGUGCUAAAAAUGAAUUAUUUUGGUGAUUGGAUGCAUUAAUUCCAUAUUAAUAUAAUACUACAAACUUUUAACAAUUGAUACUGAUAUAUAAUUAUUAAUUAUAUUUAUAAAUAUAAUUAUAUAAUACUGAUUUAUAAUUAUUCAGAAUUUAUUUGCUUGAUGAUACUGAUUAAUUGCCAUAUAGUUGCUAAUAAUUAUUAUGCCUGUGAAUAUCAGAAUAUUCAACCAAAGUAAAUUGUGCACAUAAUAAUGUAUUUUCGUUGUUGUAAACGCCUUAAUUAGACGAGUGGCUAUAGUCUCAAAAUAAAGGAAUUGUGCACAUCAA